AUGACAUCGACAACAACGACAAAAGAAGAACUUUCUACAACACAACUAAAAGAUGCUAUUCGUCGAUAUACGAAACAAUCAUUUGUUUUUAAAUUAAUUAAUAAAGCAUUACAAACCAAAGAUAAUGAAUUAUUACAUAAAUUUGGAUUUUUUAUUGAUCGUGCUUGGAUUGAAUAUAAUAUUGAUCGUGUUCUUGCUCUCAAAGAAGAAUGGAAAAAAAAAACUCGAGAAUAUGAGGAUCGUGCAUAUGAUCAAAUGAUGAACAAUAAAUCAGCACGAACCAAAGAUUCUGCACAUGUUCUCAACAAUAUUGGUCUUAUUCUCUAUCGACAAGGAAAAUUCGAUGAAACUAUUGAUUGUCAUCAACGAGCGCUAAAAAUUCGAGAGAAAUUAUAUCCUUUCGUACAUGCUGAUAUGGCUAAAAGUCUCGGUAAUAUUGGUAACAUUCUCUCCGAUCAAAGAAAGUACAAUGAAGCUCUUGAUAAUCAUCAACAUGCAUUGAAAAUUGAAGAGAAAUUUCAUCCAUUUGGCCAUGUCGAUAUUGCUCACAUUAUUGAUUUAUAG